AUGCGUGUCGCUACUACCUUUGGCUCUCUAAUCUUGAGCGCUGGCCUUGUUGCCGCUCGUGCUUGCGCUCCUCAUCCACGACCAACAACAACAUCGGUCAGUGGCGUCGACACUACAACCGAUGUUGGAUCCGACUCUACUACGAUCGCAACAGCUACUUCUGCCUUGACCUCUCAAGAGACUACAACCGUGACUGAGUCUGAAACCAACGUUGAAUCUUCGGUCACACUUUCGAUUUCUCUGACUGAGCAAGCCUCUCUUUCUACUGAGCUCUCAACCACUCUCGACCCAACGUCUCAAGAGACUCUGACCACCACUGGGUUCGACACCGUUGUCACGUCUUCAGAAACGCCCACCACCCUCGAGACCUUUACAACUUCCGCCGCCGCUACAAGCGAAGCAACUGAAGUAACCACGACUACUGCUGGCCCUCCCCUUGAGACUAUCAACAUUGUACAGAACGGUGGAUUCGAAGACUUUCCCCUCGAGCCAUGGGAGGUAGAAGGAACUCUUCCUUCUUUUGAUAGCUUUGCCGCCGAAGGAAGCCAGAGCCUUUCAUUACCUCAAAAUUUCAUUGACUCUACCGCCAAAGUCUGUCAACGCGUCGCCAUCGAGCAGGGCUUUGAGUACACCUUCAAGGCGUCUGUCGCUCAAAGAUGUAUUCUCUCGUUUGGUUCAAACACUGUCACUUGCGAGGAUGAUGCGAACAAGAUUAUAUUGAGUAUUGAAGGAGUAUCCAACUCUGGGGAGUUAGGAGUUCGCGGUUAUAAUACUUUCAACGAGGUGUCGGAUACCUUUUCAUAUGUCGGCCCAAGCAUUGACCAGACGGAUCUUUGCAUUACCAUCAAAGUCAGCGAGGCCGUUGAUUACAACUUUUUCCUCGAUAGCAUUUCGCUUGUUCGAGGAGAACCUGUUCCUAUCCCUAUCGAGACGGAUUAA